GAACAUCAGCAAAAAACCUCCUUGGCCAGAAGCCAGAAACCUGAACCAAAACAUAAAAAUUAUUUGGACCAACUCGAGCUUUUCGGUCGAAUUCAGGCAAUUUCUGGAGGACUUUUGCAAAUUUCUGCCGAAUUAUGGCUGCAAAGGCAUCACAGACUGGCCUGAUGGCCCUUUGGAAGAGAGGCUGGAGUGAAAUUCCCGAGGUGAUGGGCUCCUCUGUAAUGGCAGUCAUCGGGCUGACCAUGGGCGUCAUCGGUCUCAAGCAUUACUACGACAAUGACGGAGACAACAGGAAAUACAAGAAUGUCUACACCGUGUACAGGCCUGACGACCCUAGGGUGCAGAAUAUCAAACAAUAACCCACUGAAUCCCCUUUGUGAAUAGCUGAAUUAUUAUAAGGAAUUGUUAGUUACUUAAAA